AUGGCAAAAUACGAGUAAUUAGAUUCUCCAUAUGCAAAAAUCUUUUUCAUUUUGCAAUAAUUAUUAAAAGCAGAAAUAAUUACCCAAAGCGAGAAGGAUCAUAUUAAAGGUAUUUAUAUUUAUACUAUAAAGACUUAAUUAUUUAAAACGACUAGUCUAUUAGGAAAUUGUUUAUUUUAGAAAGUUAAUAAGAACUUUUUGAAAAUAUUCAAGAAAUUAUUGAGAAAAAACGCAUUAUAGAAGGUUUGUCUGAUUUUGAAGAUGAUGAUUCAACUAGCAAAAGUUUGAAAAAUUACUUAAGAAAUAAAUUAAAACUGGAAUUAAAAUAGAGUAAUUUUAAUUUAGCAAUCAAGAAAAUUUGA